CUAUAACACAACCGCUCGUUAGCGGGAAACCGGCGGCAGUCUUUGGCCUCCGAGCUCUCUCGUUUCGUGACAGAACUACCACCGCAUUCUAGUCGCCAUUUACCACCUGUCUUUCAAAGCUACCUGACGGCGUUCUUUCUCGUAUCGCCCGACUAUUUUGAGCCGGUGGUCGUUGCUGUCAGGUAGGCUAGCCCAGAAAAAAAAAGUUGAGGCUCACGCUACCGGCUAAGCAAAAAAAUAAUAAUAAUAAAAAAAAAAAAAAAAAAAAAAAAAAGACACCCGCUACGAACCGGAGUCGCACAAAAGGCUUAAUGUUGUCAAGCAUGAGAUAGCCCGGGCAAAAUGAGCCAGUUCAACUUGGAACGCUUCCGUUUUCAAAAGUCGUCCGCGUGCAAAGCGCAAAACACAAGUUCGGAGUCUGAGAAGGAGAACAAGCCGGCAGCUCAGAUGAAAUCCACCAAAUCCCAUUCGGCAAAGUCCCAUGCCCGAGGAGUGUUUUUUGAAGACUCUGGUGACGAUGACGAGCCACUGAGGAAAAUCUCCUUUUCGAGGAAAUUCAGGGAACCUGUGGUCCAACCGUCUGCAAAUGUCACAGAGGAUGAAAAAAAAGAGGAAAAAAGUCAAAAAGAGUCAAAACUCGCAGCCAUGUUCCCUCAGCUUUCAACGAAAAAGCUCUCGGAGGUUGUUGAGAGUACAAGUACACUGGAUGGAGCUGUUGCCACGUGUUUGCUAAUUUCUGAUGAUGAAGACAAAGACCGUGUCGGGAAAACCGAGCAUAAUGAAUCUGACAGCUCCCUGGAGAUUGUCGAGGAUCAACCCUACCAAAGGAGGAAACAAUCAGAGGAGAUUGUCGAGGAUCAACCCUACCAAAGGAGGAAACAAUCAGAGCAGAUUGUUGGGAGUUUCAGAGAACUGGAUGUAGCGCUUGAUGAAUAUCUGCUGAUUUCUGAUGAAGAAGACACAGAUUAUGCCAGGAAGAGAAAGCCGGAUGACUCUGACAGCUCACUGUGUAGUGUUGAGACUCUACCCUACAAAAGGAAGAAACAAUCAGAGUUGUCUGAAGCUGAAGACUAUGGCGAUUAUAAUCAUGAGGAUGAUGGAGGAAAUGAACCAAGUUGGGAGAAGCAGGAGGCGAUGGUCAAAAGGCUACAGAAAAAGUUCCCCAAUCAGGACAAAGAGGAGCUGCGAUCGGUUCUUCAGGAACACAACUGGGAUGACGUUGAGGCUCUGCAUGCUCUCCUAAUGUUCUCUGGCCCAGAUGAGACCAGCUUCAGCUCGCCUGAAUACAAACCUAAGGAAGCCCACCACCCCAAGAGCAAGGAGAAGUCUGUAAAGGAGCAAAGCAAUGUACACCGGCGUGGAUCUUGUGAAAACAAAAUGGAUGCCAAGGUGAACACACACAAAGAUGUGAGUGAUACUGACAACAGUUCAGACGCUACAGUGGACAGCGACGAUUAUUCAGCUGAAGAAGAGGCCAAGCAUUCCAGCUCCACCCUCUCCUCGUGGAUUACAAAAGACUCGUUCUCCUCUGUCAAGAGAACUACUUCAUCUUACCAGAAACCAUCCUGCUCCUCCUCGUCCUCCGCCGCACAGAUCCUGUCCAGGUUUGCCAGCGGGACCAGUCUGGCCAAGAAGCGAGCGGAAGAGAGAAAGCGCACAGCCCGCGCCGCUGAAGAGCGCUUUAGCUCCGACAACGAAGAUGACGCCGACUUGAGCAGUGAGUUUGAAGACUACGAUGAAGCGUUGACAAAAACGGGAGGCGUGAAGGAAGAGAUCCUUAAGUUCUUUCAGGAGGCCACCAUCGAUGAGCUAGCACUCAUUUCUGGGUGUUCUGUCAAAAAAGCCAAUAAGAUCAUAGAGCUGCGACCCUUUAAAAACUGGCUGAGCCUGACCAGUCUGUUCCAGAAGAACAAUGGGCUGUCAGAGGAGCUGCUGCUGGGCUGCAAAAGGGUUCUCAAGGAGCGCACCAUUGUACGGGGACUCAUGUGCAAAUGUGAGACCAUUUCCUCCAAGAUGGUCACGCAAGUCAGAGAAGUGAUGAUGGCUGGCAUGGGGGCAAUGCAACAGCCCAGCCUGCUCAAUAGCCAGCUCCAGUUGAAGCCCUAUCAGCUAAUUGGUCUGAAAUGGCUGCUGCUCCUGCACGAGCACAACCUGAGCGGUAUACUCGCCGAUGAGAUGGGUUUGGGGAAAACCAUCCAGGCUAUUGCCUUCUUGGGCCAUUUAUUCCAGAAGGGAGUAAAGGGUCCUCACCUCAUCACUGUGCCCUCCUCUACACUCGAUAACUGGGUCAGAGAGCUGAAAAUGUGGUGUCCCAGUCUUAAAGUGCUAGUUUUUUGUGGAUCUAUGGAGGACCGCCACUACCUCAAGCAUGACAUCCUCAAUGGCGCCGUUGAAUUUAACGUCCUCGUCACCACGUACACCCUCGCCACUGGGAAAGACAGCGACCGCAGUAUGUUCCGCAAGCUCCGUCUUGCGUACGCCAUUUUUGAUGAGGGUCACAUGCUGAAGAACAUGAACUCCCUGCGCUACCGCCACCUCAUGUCGAUCAAUGCGCAGCAUCGUUUACUGCUCACUGGCACGCCAUUACAAAACAACCUCUUAGAACUGAUGUCACUGCUCAACUUCAUCAUGCCGUCCAUGUUCUCUAGCUCCACCACGCAGCUCUCCAAGAUGUUUUCUAUGAAGUCCCAUGAGGAGCAGAGUCAAUUUCAGAAAGAUCGCAUCUCUCAAGCCAAACGCAUUAUGAAACCUUUCAUCCUUCGAAGAGUUAAGAAUGAGGUCCUCAAACAGCUGCCUGACAAGGAAGAAAAGGUGGAGUACUGCUCCAUGAGUGAGAAGCAGCAGGUUUUCUACCAGACGCUCCUGAAAAAACUCAAGGAUUCCGCCGGCGAGAAACGAGAGUUGUCUGUGAUGAUGCAGUUAAGGAAGAUGGCCAACCACCCUCUGCUUCAUCGGCAGUACUACACUACAGAGAAGCUCAAAGCCAUGAGCGAACUCAUGCUAAAGGAGCCAACUCACCACGACGCAAAUGCUGCCUGCAUCCAGGAGGACAUGGCGGUCAUGUCUGACUUUGAGCUGCAUCGUCUGUGUCAGCAGUACGCUUCCAUCAGUUCCUACCAGCUGGAGAACAGUCAGCUCCUCGACUCUGGGAAGUUCCAUUGGCUCACCGAGAGACUGGCAUCACUCAAAGACAAGGGAGACAGAGUUGUUCUAUUCAGUCAGUUCACUAUGAUGCUGGACAUCGUGGAGGUACUGAUGAAACAUCUCAAGCAUCGCUACAUUAGACUGGACGGCUCCACGCCAAUAGCAGACAGAAUUGUGCUGAUUGACGAGUUCAACAAUGACACCGAUGUGUUCGUGUUCCUGCUGUCGACCCGCGCCGGCGGCCUUGGCAUCAACCUCACUUCGGCCAACGUUGUCAUCUUGCACGACAUCGACUGGAACCCCUACAACGACAAGCAGGCCGAGGACCGCUGUCACCGCUUGGGUCAGACCAGGACUGUGCAAGUAAUCAAGCUGAUCAGUAAAGACAGCAUUGAGGACGGUAUACUGCAGCUGGGCCAGAAGAAACUCAAGCUGGAGCAGGACAUGACAACUGCUGAGCAGUGUGAUGAAGGGGCCAUACCUGAAGAUAUGGCGUCUUUGCUCAAAGCGUCAUUGGGGAUGUGAUAUUCAGUCACACAAAACUUGAAACUUAGGGGACAAAAAGUAUUUCAUUUAGUUCAAUGAUCCCAGGCAGGCUUGAGUUUUGACUAAAAACACACUGGAACACAUUUGAAAACCAUCUGCUGACCACAUUUAUAUAUUAAAAAAAAAAAAAAAAAAAAAA